CACUGGUUGAGACCUUGACUUAAAAGUGAUAAUAUACAAACCGGGCCAUACCAAAAACAGUAUACGUUUUCUUUUUUACAAAAUUUUAAUUAUGGCGUAUUGUGUAAUUUUUAGUAUUUUAUAGAAAUAAGAACACAAAUCACCGUUCUUUUAAUUACAAUACACAAAUAAUAAUAGAGAAUCUUUGGCAAAACAUAUCUAUAAUUUAUCAAGAAGUUUUUAAAAAAUUUACGAUUCGUAAAACUAGCAGUAGAUUAUUUCGGUCUAAAUUCUUAACGAUCGGUAGUGGGAGUUUUCGUUCCAAAUUCUGUUCUAUUCCUGGCUUUGUCAUGGUCAAUAAAUUUGGCACUGGUUCCAAAUCGCCAGUGUUCAUCAGCCACUGUGCCCCGUACAACUUUCUGAGGGAGUACCGCCUAGGAUGCGAUGAUACCGAAAUACCUGCGAUGACCUUAAUUAGUGAGGCCGCUAACGCUUGGCAGGCACUGGAUUCCCAAGAGAAGUCCUUGUUCGAGGAGGCCGCCUAUUUGCCGGCCCGAUUUGGCCACUCUAGCUAUUCGGCAAUCAUUUUAAACAAUGAUGUGCUAGCAGCUCAACAAACCAUUGUGCGUCGGAUGCCCAGAUCUCGCAGUCUCAAGAAGACUUCUUAAAAGUCAAAGGAAAUCCGUAGCGGUAAUGCCAAAUCGCACUGGAAAAAACGGUAGCAGAAAAUGGGUGCAGCCAGCAAGAUGCGAUGUCCAGUCUUCGGAAGCUAAGGGUGUAGGGCAAGCGCCUUUAAUCCGAAAGCCACUGGAGGAUUUCCGCAGAAAAUGAAGUAGAUGACCCCUUAGACGAUGAUAAUGUACAGGAAUGGAAAAUAUAGGUACACUACAUGAAA